AUGAUGCAAAUAGCCUUAGAAUGCAGGGGUCAUCUCAGCCACAUCAUUGACGACCCUCCUAGCAUCUUUGAUCCAAAUUACAAAACAUGGAAGCAAACGGACUCAAUAGUCCUAUCAUGGAUAAUCUCAAAUAUAGACACUGAACUCAUAAAUCAGUUUCUAGAUUAUACAAUUGCAAAAGACUUAUGGAAGGGGAUCGAAGUCUUGCUGAGCAGUGGAAGGGACGAACUCCAGAGCCUUGAUCUGAGUUCACAAGCAAAUAACAUGAAACAGAACCAAGAUCCAUUAGAGGUCUUUUAUGAAAAAUUGACUACAAUUUGGAAGGAAAUAGACCGACGACAACCAAACCCGAUGAUACAUGCUGAAGAUAUCACAAUUUUUAACACUUUCAUCCAAAAACAACGUCUUUUUCAAUUUCUGGCCGGAUUAAAUGAGACGUUUGAUACAGAAAAAAGGGACUUACUGAACCUUGAUCCUCUCCCAACCGUCAACAUGGCAUAUGCUACAAUCAGGCGAGAAGUUUCACGGCGUGGUAUCAUGAUCCACGCUUCAUCAUUGGGAAAAAAUCCCUCAGAAAUUGGAAGUGGGUUGGCCGUCAAACAUCACCGGUCAAAUUCAUCAUUCCGGCGUGAAAUGGAGGACAAGACUCACCUCAGGUGUAGUCACUGUGGAGGAAGCCGACACACAAAGGAGGGAUGUUUUAAAAUCACCAGCAGAACUGGCGGCAAGGCUAACAUGGCUACCAGUGCUCCCCACAUCUCCGAUGAACCAACCCACAGAAUGAAGGCCAGGGAUGACAAAAAUGGUGAUACAGGUGAACAGCCAGAAGAGAAAGAAGGAGACGGACCAGAAGAGAGAGAAAAGGGGAAGGAUUUAGGAAGAACCCAAAAACUCCCAAAGUCCACAACUCACUCUCCCUCCAGCUUAUUUAAACAACCGGGAAACCCUAAUUCCCAAAACACACCUAAGCCCAUUUAUACUCCCAAGCCCAUUUAUAAAUCCAUAAGGCCCAACACUCCAUGUUACCCACAUAAACUAGGCCUCCUAUGUAAACCAAGUACUUCCUCACAUUGGAUAUUUGAUUGUGGGGCCACUAGGGAUGUUAACGGGGCGGGGCGAGGCGGGUAUUGGCGUUACCAUCCCAAUCCCCAUCUGGAUGCUCAGACGGGGAGGAUUAUUGGUCGUGGUACUGAACGAGAUGGCUUGUACUAUGUGGACGAGGCGAUUCAAAAGGGUCACACUUUGCUUGCUCAUGGGUUCCCUAAUCAUCAGUUAUGGACCUGGCAUCGACGUCUAGGUCAUCCGUCAUUGGGGUAUCUGAAACGUCUUUUUCCGUCAUUAGCUAAAAGUACUGUAGUUUUGGACUGUGAAGCAUGUGUCCUUGCGAGAAGUCACAAACAUUCUUAUUCUCCUAGUUUUAAUCAUAGCAGUGAACCAUUUGUUUUAAUACAUUCUGAUGUUUGGGAACCUGCGCCUGAAUUUAGAAAACACAGCUAUUCAUAUUUUGUUUCAUUUAUUGAUGAUUGUACUAGAAUGUGCUGGAUAUAUUUCUUGAAACACAAAUCUGAGGUUUUCGAUGUCUUUGUCAAAUGCUAUAAUAUGAUUAUCACACAGUUUCAAGCUAAGCCUAAAAUACUUCGUUUUGAUAAUGGAGGGGAAUACAUGAACCAACAUAUGGAAAAUUUCUUCACCACCCAUGGUCUCCUUCACCAAACUUCUUGUCCCCACACACCCCAACAAAAUGGCAUAGUUGAAAGGAAAAAUUGUACUCUCCUUGAAUAA